AUGGCGUCUUCUUCGUCUUCUCGUCAAAUGAAGCAUCAAGUUUUCUUGAGCUUUAGAGGAGAAGACACGCGCCUUAAUUUUACCAGCCAUCUUCUGAAAGCUUUGAAAGACACAGGAGUCAAUGUUUUCUUCGAUGAAGAUACACUUGAAAAAGGGGACCAACUUUCACUAGCACUUUCUCAAGCAAUUGCAACCUCAAACCUUUCAAUCAUCGUUUUGUCUGUCAACUAUGCUUCUUCAAAAUCAUGCUUGGCUGAACUCUCUGACAUCAUGGACCGCAAGGAUACUGAAGGACAUAUUGUUCUUCCCAUCUUUUAUCAUGUUGAUCCUUCUGAUGUACGGAAUCUUGCUGGGAGAUUCAAAACCUCCUUUGAUGUCCAUGAAUCAGAAAAGCUAGAUCAAGUACAGCAAUGGCAAGCCGCCUUUGUUGAAGUUGGUAAAUUAAAAGGGUGGCGUAUAGAAGGAGGCAAAUUCGAUAGACCUGAAACCGAGUACAUUAAGGAUAUUGUUGAAUAUGUUAUAAAAAAGUUGAUGAACAGCAAGUUCGGAAGUGCUUCUGAAGAAUUUAUUGGAAUAGAUGAUCAAAAAGAUACAAUUUUGAGGUUGAUUGAGCAAGAAGACAGUCGUGUAAUAGGACUAUGGGGAAUGGGUGGUAUAGGCAAAACUACCCUUGCUGAUGCUGUAUAUAAAGAAGCGUUUCCAAAGUUUAAAGAUCAUUGUUUUCUCCUAAAUGUUAGUCAGAAAUCAGAAAAACAAGGGAUAGAAUCUUUACGAAAUGAAUUUCUUUCUGAACUAUUAAACCAAAAAAUCCACAUAGGCACCCUUUCUAUAGGUUUCCCUUUAAUAGAGAGGCUCAAUAACAAAAGAGUGAUUGUUGUCCUUGAUGAUGUUAAUGACCCAGACCAAAUAGAUUUUAUGGGUGUCAAAUAUUUUGGUGAUGGGAGUAAAAUCAUUAUAACAUCUAGAGAUAGACAAGUACUUAAGAAUGGAGGGGCUGACAAAAUAUACGAGGUAAAGAAGUUAAAUGAGAAUGACUCUCUUCAACUAUUUUCUACGUUUGCAUUCAAGUUGUUGAAUCCUUCUGUUGAUUUUCGAGAUUUAUCGAACAAGUUUGUAAAGUACGCCCAAGGCAACCCACUGGCUCUUAAAGUUUUGGGUUCUAAAUUGUAUACGAAGACUAAAAAAGAUUGGGAAUGUGAGGUGGAGAAGUUAAAGGAAUAUGGGCAACCAAAAAUUUUACAGAUUUUGAAGAGAAGUUUUGAUGGGUUGGAGGAACUAGAAAAGAAUAUAUUUCUUGACAUAGCAUGUUUUUUUAAAUGGAUAUCUAAGGAAGAAGCAGAAAAUAUUCUAAGUAGUUGUUAUAAGGGUGCAGUGUGUGGAAUAAGUAACUUGAUCGACAAAUGCCUACUUGACAUCUCACCAGUUGAACACAUUUCUGUGCAUGAUAUGCUUGAAGAGAUGGCCAAAGACAUUGUUCGCCAAGAAUCUAAAAGCAUCGGAAUGCGUAGUAGAUUAUGGGAUCCUAAGGAUGUGGAUAAGGUACUCAGAUAUAAUAAGGGGACUGAAUCAAUUGAAGGAAUAGAGUUAGACAUGUCUCAAAUCAAACAUGUGCUACGAUUACAUCCUUCUACGGUUGGGAACAUGCUUAAUCUUAAAUAUCUUAACUUCUAUUCACGUAACACUGACAAGAAGCUACUUGCAGACGAACAUGAUAAUGUAUCUCUUCCUAAUGAGUUAAGGUAUCUUUGGUGGCGUUAUUACCCUUUCAGAAAUUUAUUAAGUUUUAAUCCAAAGAAUCUUGUUAUAUUGGGGUUAUCAGAUGGCAACAUGGAACAACUUUGGGAUGACGAUGAUCAUCAGGAUCUUGUUAAUUUGAGGACAAUUGUCCUUAAUGGUUGCAAGAAUUUAAGGAAGUUCCCGAAACUAUUAGGAGCCAUCAACCUUGAAGACAUUGAAUGUAGAGAAUGUGAAAGUUUGGUUGAACUUCCUUGCUUGAAUCAUUUGGCAUCUCUAGCUUCAAUUACCCUUCACAAAUGUCGUAGUCUCAAGGAGUUUCUCGAGCUCCCAAAAAACAUUUCUUAUCUAGAUUUAGGUGAAACUGGAGUAGAAGAAGUACCCGAUUCAAUUGAGCAUCUCACUAGACUUGAAGUGUUGAAUUUGAGAGACACGAUGGUCAAAAAUGUAUCAACCCGUAUUUCAAAGUUGGAACACCUUUGGCUGUUGGAUCUUAGUUAUAGCUCAAUCGCUGAAUUCCCAGAAAUCCCGAUAAAUUUACAACACUUACGCUUAGCUGAUACUGAAAUUGAAGAAGUACCAUCGCGUUUUGACUGUCAAAGUAGUCUUACGCUCUCAGAUUUGAGCGGCACAAGUAUCACAACAGUUGAUGUGGCCACAUUCAUAAGGUUUGAAAACCUUGAACAUUUGAAAAUGAAUUAUUGUCAUAAGCUUAAAUUACUCUCAGAGGUUCCACCAAAUCUAAGCUACUUGGAAGCACAUGGCUGCACAUCAUUAGAAAAAGUAACCUUCAUAGAUCGAAAUCGAUUUGAGGUACCUAAUGAAAUUUUCAUGAUAUUCUCUGAUUGCUUCAAUUUGAAUAAAGAUUCAAUUGAUAACAUUGAGGAGACUGCCAUGUUCAAAGUUGGAGCCCAAGUAGAGAGAUGGAUAUCGUUAUGGGAAUCUGGUUGUGAGUCACAAAGGUUGUUUUUCUGUUUCCCAGGAAAUGAAAUUUCAGCAAAUAAGUUUGAGUUUCAGAGUUUGAAUUCUUCAAUAAAUUUGAAGAUAGCCCCAAAUUGGCGUAUUGGGGGUCGAUUCUUGGCUUUUGCUAUCUUCCUAGUGGCCGAUCUCACAAACUGCAGUCGCUAUGAAUAUAUUGAACGUAUCUGUGAAUACCAAUUGAAAGCCACCAGUGGUGGUAAUGAAAAGUUCAAAACGAAGUGGUCUGAUCGUCGGGUUCUAGAUUUUGAGUCAGUCUUUGAGUGCAAUGGUGAGCACGUGUUGAUUCUGUGUUGGAACAAAGAGACAAUAACAGGCUGUUUUGUAUCUUGCUUGAAUAGCAAGCCUCGAGCCUUGGUGAAGAAACAAACUCAGAAGCAAAAACAGAAAAAUGAAACUAGCUAG